AUGGCGGUUCCUCUUAAGGAUACUGAGAGCGAGAAUUUGUUGGAUUACCUUGAGGUUUGUAUUGAUUUCAUUGAUCAGAGUAGGAAGGAAGGUGGCGUUUUGGGUUUUACUUGUGUUUUUAUAUGCAAUCCAUCAGUUAUUACUGCUUAUUUGAUGAGAAGCGAGAAUAUGUCACUAGAAGAGCUCUGCAUCUUGGACUUAAGUGUUUAUUUUUCUGUGCUUUUAUUUGCUGCAAAUGCACUUGAAUCGUUAAAGGUGAGUUGUGAACUUGUUUUCCCCAAUGAUGGUUUUCUAGAGCAGGGAGGAAAAUUGAAAGAAGUGCAUAGAGCUCACAUGCUUAAUGCUACAUUUUGCAAUCUGCAGUACGUUUAUAUAUGA